AUGACUUCCGCCACCAUGCGCGCAUGGGUCUACACCCAGUCAGGCCUGCCCUCACACAUCCUGAGACCAACGACCGCCUUCCCCGCGCCGACGCCCUCCUCCCUCGGCGCCGAUGACCUCCUCAUCGAAGUAGACUACGUCUCGCUGAACGCGAUCUGCACGACCAUGAUGCGCGCCCUCCCCCCGCAGCCCUUCUCCCUCGGCCUCCCCUUCCGGCGCCGCAUCGCUGUCCCCGAAUUUGAGUUCAGCGGACGCAUCCUCGCCACGGGGUCGCAGGUGCCCACCACCCGACCCGAACUAGGCCUCUCCACCCGAGUCGCAGGCUGCGUCUCCGAGCUGGAAGUCUUCGGAACAGGGAAGGGCGCGCUCGCCGAGCGGUUGGUCGCGCCAGCCAGCCAGAUUAUCGCGCUGACCAGUUGCCCCCUUCCCCUUCAGCCCUCACCCUCCGCUCAGUCACAAACCCAAUCCACGACUCCCCCUUCACCUCCACCUGCACCGCAACCAGAACCACUAUCACCUUUGGAAGCAUCCGGCCUAACCGCCUGCGGCAGCACCGCCAUCCAGACCCUCGACCUCACCCGACUAAUAGCAGGGGACAAACUGCUCGUGAACGGGGGCAGCACAAGCCUCGGCAUGCUCAUGAUUCAAAUUGCACGGCACAUCCUCGGCCCAACCGGCACGAUUGUCGCGACAUGCUCAUCGCGCAACACCUCGCUGCUCACCUCGCUCGGCGUCGACGAGGUCGUCGACUACGUCGCGCACGACCCGCUGCACGAGUAUCUCCUCGCCCACCACUCCUCCUCUCCCUCUUCCGCAGGAACCCGUCCCUUCGACGCGAUAAUUGACUGCAUCGGCGACGCCACCCUCUACCACCACUGCGCAGCGUACCUAGCCGAGGGCAAACCCUUCAUCAAUCUGGGACAGAUGAAAGCCACCCCCGGGUUUUGGGGGCAGAUCGCGUGGGCGUGGGAGCAGGUGGCGCUGCGGUUUUGGCCGGUUGUGCUCGGGGGUGUUCCCCGGGAGUAUCGAUUUUAUAGUGGGCGGCCGCGGGCGGAGGAUAUGGGGCGGGUGAUGGGGUUGGUGGAGCGGGGGGUGGUGCGGGUGGUGGUGGAUUCGGUGUGGGCGUGGGGGGAGGUGCCCAAGGCAUAUGAGAGGAUGGAGAGUAAGCGGGCCAGGGGGAAGGUUGUUGUGAGGGUGGGAAGUGAGGCUGCGUGA